AUGUCUUCUAACUCCAGUUCAAGUUACAACAGACGCGGGUCUGUUGGUUCCACCGGCAGCCAUACCAAAGUUCACAAUCUGUCAGUUGUCAACUGCCUCUGCCAAGCCAACUCCAUCACCUGUCACCACCGCGGACUCAUCUGCAAGAAUUCAGUCUUCACGGGUUGGGCCGAUAUUCCGCGCAGCAAAGGGCGUGUGAAAAAAGUCGCCAAAAUACAAUUGACGGCACCACCAGCCCGCCCCAAUCCCACCGCGCACCUCGCCGUGCUGCGGAACCCCACACACCCGGAGUGGAAAGCGAGACCGGAGAAUUACCUCUCGCCCGCGCUGUGCAAUAUCUCGCCCGCCUAUAUCAAGCGCGUUGUCGAAACCGAAACCCGCGAGCUAUUGUUGAAAGGGGGGGGUGCGAAGAGCUCCUCGUUUACAUUGGCACGGGCUCAAACCAAUGAGAUAAACCUCGAGAACGAGAAAUAUUGCUCGUUCAAACAGAGACAGAAGGAAAGGAGCCGAGCAGUAGGAGCAGAAGCGGCAGCAUCAGCAGCAACAGCAGCGGCAGCAGCAGUGACAGAAUCACCAGAAGCCAAAGCCGAAGCCGAAGCUGAAGAAGCAGCAUCAACACAUAAUGUGUGA